AAUAAAUAUAUAAAAAAAAAUCAUAUUCGAUUUCUUUCCGUACCGAAAUUUCCCGAUUUUAAUUUCAUAAAAGAGGGGGAUCGUCUGGAUUUAUCUGCUGCAUUCAUCGUAGAACAUUCACAGAAGAAUUCAGUGAAAGCAGGGAAAAAAUCGGUUAGAGAUGCCGGUGAUGGAGAAGUUGAAAAUGUUCGUGGUGCAAGAGCCAGUUGUCGCCGCUUCUUGCGCUAUCGCUGGUUUUGGUCUCUUCCUACCAGCUGUUGUAAGGCCCAUUCUAGAUUCCUUUGAAUCGUCAAAGCAAGUCUCUCAGCCUGCAUUAAAAAAUGUGGUUGCAGGCGUGACUGGUAAAAAGCAGGGUUGAUUUAAUUUAUGGAUUGGAAAGAAACAAACAAUUCAAAUGUAGCGAGUAAUGUAAUCAGCAACAAAAUAAGCCUCCCUUUUUAAGUUGAACUCUUAAAAGAGUGACUUGUGCCUUCAACCUCGUGUUUAGCACGAGAAUUUUAAACACGAGAAUUUGAAUGUUAUUUUGUUUUGAGUUUCAAUGGUUGAGGAUUGCUCAAAGCAUGGAUAAUUCA